CAUCUCUUAUAUAUGAAAACAUAGUUUGAUCUCAUUUGCAGUUUUGAUCCUUCUGGGUUCCUUGGUGGAAAAAACCAAGUCCAUUCAUUCUUCUUCAUACGUUCAAGAAUCCAUACGAGGACGAGAUCUUCCUAACGUCUUUGAUCUUCUUCCAAAGGAAAUAAUUCUGAUUUAGUCGAAGAUGUUGGGAGAUUUCAUCAUCAGACUCCUUGUAUUGAUAUUAGGGUACACAUACCCAGCGUUCGAAUGCUACAAAACGGUGGAGAAGAAUAAAGUAGAUAUCGAGGAACUCAGAUUCUGGUGUCAAUACUGGAUAUUAUUGGCGCUAAUUUCAUCGUUCGAGAGGGUUGGCGAUAUAUUUAUCUCAUGGUUACCGUUGUACGGAGAAAUGAAAGUGGUCUUCUUCGUAUAUCUCUGGUGGCCUAAAACGAAGGGAACGAGACUUGUGUACGAGACAUUGUUGAAGCCAGUCAUAGCCCAACAUGAGACAGAAAUCGAUAGAAAGAUUAUGGAGUUGCGAGCUAGAGCUUGGGAUUUUUUCAUCUUCUACUUCCAAAACUUUGCCCAGGUUGGUCAAUCCAGUUUGAUCCAGGCUUUUCAGUACGUACUUGCCCAAUCGGUCCGGUUCUCUGCCGCAGCUGCAGCUAACCAACCGCCUAUGGAGCCGAACGUAAACGUGAAAACGCGGUCACCGGUGGAGACUGAAAGUGAUACGAACACACCUUCCGGUCCAAGGCCGUUGAACAAAUCGCUAUCUGCGUUGAGAUCGCUAGAGAAGCAAACGAGCAGGGGGAGGAAGUGGCCACCACCGACACCACCACCAACACCAGGCCGAGACUCGGCCGGAACAUUCAACGGAGAAGAUGGAGUCAGCAUUCCCGAUACACUUCCGGGAUCACCCAUCACCGAUGCUCGAGCUAAGCUUCGCCGUUCUAACUCAAGGUCUCAGGCCACAACAUAGUAACGUACAUAAACGUGGCUUUCGAUAAACCAUUUCUAAUUUGUUAAAAAGAUAUAUAGGGAGAGAAAAGUUCAAGCUUUGAGAUGUUUGAGAGAAGACAAAACAGAUUGAAUUUUUCUUAUGGUCUUGUGUUUUGUAAAUUUAAGCAGAAGUAUGAAAUUUGUGUUUGCUUUUCGC